AUUUUUACAAAAAAAUAAGAAUUGAAGAUGUCAGGACUAGUAGUAAAUGUCAGCGUUGAUUGUCAAUUUAGUGUUUUGUGGAAGUUUUUCAUGAGUUUACGUGUAGGAGUGAAUUGAUGAAAUAAAAAAGUAAUGCCGAUUGUGUUGUGGAGUAUUUGUAGUGAAUUUAAAUUGUUUACAGGUGUUUUGAUAUAACCUAGCUUUAACAAUAAUAAUAAAUAUUAUCAAUUGUUCGUAAUAUGAAGCCGGGGACUGCUGACAUAAGCUGUUAUUCGGCCUUGCCGUUGUUGACUUAUUUGUAAAUAUAACAUAUAGUUUGGUUUUUAACAAUAAUUAGCAACAUAUUUUGACAAUAAUAUAUUUAGUAAAAUGAUGGAGCCUACAGAAGAUGUCAAUAUGAGUGUUAGACCUAUGCUUGAAGAAACUUUUUACAUUUUAUCAAAAAAGAAUACUGUUUAUAGAGUGAAACUCACAGAAAAAGGGACUUUGUUUGCAAAAAGACACAAUGGUAAUAUUAAAAAUGAAACAAUUUCAUUAAGUGAUAUUAUUGGCUGUAGGUGUAUGAGAAGAAAGAGAAGAUCAGAAAAUUCUUGUGCUUGUCACCCCAGUUCUAGUAGAAAACAUGAUCCACGUGUAGUUGAAGAAAAUUCUGCUGAUAAAGAUGAGUCUGAUAUUAGUGCUUAUUUGUAUAUUUACUCGUACAUUUUAAAAAAUUGUAGAGUCAAGUCAGGACAAAAACGAGAUAGAAUGACAAUAACUUUAAGAUUUAGAUCGUUUGAUAAAUACGAAGAUAAUAUGAGAGAAGCUCAAAAGUGGAAAUCAUCAAUAAAACAUCUGAUUCAUAGUCGAACUAACCCACAGUUAUCACCAGGAAAGAUGAUACCAUCUGAUUCAAUUAUCGAGAACAAGGUUCUUAUCAUACUGAACCCAAAGUCCGGACCUGGCAAGGCGAGAGAUGUGUUCCAGACCCGAGUCGUGCCAGUGUUGACAGAGGCGGAUGUCAACUACGACUUGCACGUCACAAGACAUGCGGACGAUGCACGUACGCUCAUCCGCUCACUGGAUAUCUACCAGUACGGUGGCGGGAUAGUAGCGAUGGGUGGGGAUGGGAUACUCUUUGAGGUCAUUAAUGGCCUGAUGGAGCGAACUGACUGGGAGACGGCCUUCCAGCGGAUCAAGUUGGGUGUGAUCCCUUGCGGCUCUGGCAACGGUCUGGCCAAGGCCAUCAGCCAUCAGUACAAUGAACCGCACGAUUACAACCCAAUCCUGGUUUCAACACUGAACGUCGUACGAGGGUUCACCACUCCUAUGGAUAUGGUGAGAGUACAGACAAAUACACAGACAAUGUUUGCGUUCCUGUCGGUGGGCUGGGGGUUCCUGUCGGAUGUUGACAUCGAGAGUGAGAAACUACGAGCCAUCGGCAGUCAGAGGUUCACUGUCUACAGCAUGGCCAGGCUCAUCGGUCUGCGCACAUACACGGCCCGACUGUCAUACCUGCGUGUACCGGAGGAUGAGCUCUCCCGGCUCCACACCACCCCACACAUCUGUGUGGACCAACCCUCCUCUCACUUACAGGACCCCAACACCAGUAGCUUACCCCACAGUCUCAGUCUGGGCGACAGCAUCAAUCUGGAAACGGAAGCGAGUGAGGAUUCUGACGGAUUGCGCAGAGACAGUUUCUACUCUGUGGCGUCACGCCGCAGCACCUACCUCUCCGUGUCGGGUUCCAGCUACCUGAGUCUGGCAGACGAGGGGGAGCGGGAAGUCACCAUGUACGGCCCCGCCUCCAAUCUGCCGCACCUCUCGCAGCCGGUGCCCCAGAACUGGACAGUGUGUCAAGGAGAGUUUGUUAUGGUGCAUGCAGUGUUCAAGUCCCACAUAGCCACAGACUGUGUCAUGGCUCCCGACUCCAAACUGGAUGAUGGGAUCAUCUGGCUGUUCAUCAUCAAGGCCGGAAUCACCAGAGCACACUUGUUACAGUUCCUGCUAGGCCUGUCGUCAGGCAGUCACGUCAACGUCGCCCAGACCGAGAUGAUUCCUGUCAGAGCAUUCCGGCUAGAGCCACAGUGUCCGGGCAGUUACAUCACUGUUGACGGUGAACAGAUUCCCGAUGGACCAUUCCAGGCAGAAGUCGUGAGUUGCACAACCAACAUCAUGGCGCGAAGCCACUAGCCUGUGCGUUACUUGUAAAUUAGUGUAAACUUGCCGUUCUCAUUAUAGUUUUACGAAUUUAUCUUCUUUCCUUCCAUUCUUGCCAGAGCUUAAUUUUAAAUAUAAAUAAUUUCCCAGGUAUUGUGUUCUUAACCACUUCGUAAGAUAUACAUACAAAAAUUGUAAACAACUUCUCUCUAUGAUUUUUUUAAAAGGGGAAGUUAUUAUUUAAUGAAGAUUUAUAAAUUUGUCCUCUCAUUUCUGAAGCCUCUUUUCAAUAUUAAAAACGUUAUACAAUAAAAAAGUGUCAUCAAAAUAAAAAAAAGUUUAUUUGUAGUAAAACUGUCAAAAUAUAACUAUCGACAUAAAUAUGCAGAUAAAAUGAUCAUUACAUUUGAUCAGUGGAAGAAACUCUUAGGAUCUUGGAUCCAAUCGCUCUUCUGUUUAAUUUAAAAAAAGUAACCAAACAAAAAAUUUUUAUAUUUCAAGAGUUGUUCUGAAGUGGUCAUGAAACCAUGUUAGGCUAUUUUGUUAUAUUGUAAUUAUUUACAACUUUGUUAAUAAUGGUUUGAUUAUGAAAUUACAUGAAAACUAAUUGCAAUUUCUUGCUUCAUGUUUGUAAAAUGGGUUAUUUUAUUUUUCUAGAUGUGUAAACACUCUAUACAAAGGAGUGUAUGUGGGUUAAGCAUAUUUGACACACUUUGUUGAUUUAGAUGUGAAACGAAUAAAAAUAUAAAUAUAGUUCUAUGUUUUGAAAAAUUAAAUUGGUUAUGGGUAACUAUUAUAAGUUCUACUUUAGUGAAUAAUUUAAGUCUGAUGUCUUAAUAAACUAUGUUUACAUUGUCUUUAAUAAGAAAUUGUAUAGGUCUACUUUUAUACUGUAAAGAAUGUACUUCAUACUCCUGUUUUGUAUAAGAGGUGGGAUUUGUUUUGUCAAUCAUAAAAGUACAAAUAUUGUAAGUUGCUGUACAUAUUAAGGACGAUUCACACACUUGGAAGUUUAAAGAUGCUUGUUUAAAUCAAUUUAAUUCCUACUUUUCAAAAAAAAAAAACAUUACAUUAAAUUGAAUUAAAAUUAAUUGAUUAAAAAGUGAAUAUUAUAAAAAGCAUUUUUUAAUACUUUACUCGUUGUGUGGAACAAAUAAUAGAUUAUCAAGUUUAGUAUUGUAGUGUUUUUAUUUAGUUUUUCUGAUUUGAGUGUUUCAAGCACAGGGACAGCCAUAAAUACAGUUCUAACUAAAACUUU